CAAAACCAUCCACUGGUCACCGUCCGCAAAUAUGAACCAGCUCAAAGCUCAGGAAGAGGGGUCACCACCCGUCGAAGCUUACGGGACAGGGCAACGGUCCUCGGGAGAGCAGAGUAGGGAAAGCCAAGAAUUGCACCUCGUGGCUUGGGAUGUCGAAGAUGCAGGCAAUCCGAAGAAUUGGUCUCGCCUUUCAAAAUACUGGAUCACAUUGCAAUUGGGAAUGUUAGCAUUUGCAGCCAGCGUUGGCUCUAGCAUCACUGCACCCGCAACAAAUGCAAUUGCCACCUAUGCGAAUAUCAGCCAUGAAGUUUCUGUCCUAUCUAUAUCACUCUAUAUUGCAGGAUUCGCCCUCGGACCACUAUGUUGGGCACCUGUAUCCGAAAUCUGGGGAAGGAGAUGUGGCAUGCUACCCGCCAUGUUCUUCCUUGGCCUUGCAUCUAUUGGGACAGCAACCAGCAAGAACGCCGCAGCUAUCUUCAUAACUCGAUUCUUGGGUGGCGUGUUUGGAUCCGCUCCCGUCAGUAAUGUGUCCGCAGCUCUUGGCGAUAUAUGGGUCCCAUCAGAGCGUGGACCUGCAGUUAUUUUGUACUCAAUAGCAGUGACUGGUGGACCAACAAUCGGACCCAUCAUCGGCGCAGCUAUAAUUGUUAAUCCUAGCUUGGGUUGGCGAUGGACUGAGUAUAUCGAGGCAAUUUGGGUCUUCACAACCGUUGCGGUGUGCUUCUUCUGCCUACCUGAGUCCUACUCUCCCGUGCUUCUCGCGAGACGAGCAAAGAAGCUCCGUGCAGAGGGCGACGUAGACUGCUAUCAUCCCCAUGAAGAGUUGAAGUUGGAUUUCAAGACGAUUAUCACCAAGCAUUUCACCAGACCGCUAUUAAUGCUUGCGACAGAGCCAACAGUCACAUGUGUCGCUUUUUACGCCUCAUUCGUCUACGGGAUUCUGUAUCUUACACUUGAGGUAUUCCCUAUCUGCUUUCAGGAAAUCCGCGGAAUGCACCCCGUGAAAGCUUCGCUGCCAUUUCUCGGAUUGUUUAUAGGUGUCUUAUCAGCUGUAUUCAUCAAUCUCGCCAACCAGCCCCGAUAUCGUCGAAUUUCAGCAGCAGCAGGUGGGAAGCCCGUCCCAGAAGCGCGCUUUGCACCAGUUGCAUUCGCGGGUUUUAUCUUUGUGGCCGGGCUCUUUUGGUUUGGGUGGACAGCAGGUGAUGUUAAUGUCAGCGUGUGGCAUCCUAUUGUAGCGUCUGGUCUUAUUGGUUGCGGCUUUAAUGUCAUCUUCAACCAGUGCGUGAAUGUGCUUGUGGACACUUACGGUAUUUAUGCCGCGAGCGCAGUAUCCGCCAACACAUUUCUGAGAAGCAUCAUGGCGGCAGGAUUUCCGCUUGUUGCAAGACCCAUGUUGUAUGGGAUGGGCGUUGGCCCCGCGAUUUCAGUGUUAGGCGCUGUCGCAAGUGGUAUGAUCGUUGUGCCGUUCCUAUUUAUGAAAUACGGCUUUGAGUUGCGAAAAAGAUCGAAAAUGGCUCCUGUAUAA